CGUGCAUGGCAGGGCAGGGCGCUUGCCGUGUGUGGCUUUUGGCUGUCGUUCUUGUGGUCUUCGUUGUGUGUGGGGUGUCUCUAUCGGGCGUGGCCGCUCGUUCGGUGGUGUUGCUGCUGGUUUGCUGUUCGUGUGUGUGGUUGAGAAUGUUCGUGAUCUGCUUCCAGAGAACUGACGAAAUCGGCAAAAAAGUGCAGAAAGUGAAAGAAGUCCACUGAGCUUCCUUGAAUUGGGUGAAUGUGUGCGCGUACAGGGUCGGCGUGGUAGUCGCGCGUGGUUUUUGUUUGUUGUUCUUGUGGUCUUCCAGUGUGUGCGUGGGGUGGCUCUGUCGGGUGGGGCGGCCCGUUUGAUGGUGUUGCUGUGCAGGGGUUGGCUUGCAGUUGUUGGCGUGUGUGGUUGUGGAUGUUUGUGACUUGCGUCCAGAGAACUGGCCAAAUCAGCCAAAAAGUGCGAAAAGUCAAAGAAAUCGGCCGAGUUUUGUCGAGUUGUGGCGUGGGUGUGUAUGUGUAAAGGGUAGGGCGGUGGCGACGCGUGGCGUUGGUUGUCGUUCUUGUGGUCUUCCGGUGUGUUUGGGGUCGUGUCUCUGUUGGGUGUGGCCGCUCGCUCGAUGGUGUUGCCGCUGGUUUGUUGUUGUUGGUGUGUGGUUGUGGGUGUUUGUGUUUGUGACCAGUACCCAGAAAACUGGCCAAAUCGGCCGAAAAGUGUGAAAAGUUUAGGGAAUUGGCUGAGGCUUGUCAAGUUGGUCGGGUGUGUGUUUACAUGGCACGGCGUUGGUGAUGUCCAAGCGCUGACAGACAGGGGUGGCGUUGCUUCGCUGGCUGCGUUUAUUGCCUGUGGUUGGUGUGUCUGGCAGGUUGUGUGUCUGGCGUUGUUUUUCGUUUUGUCGUCUUUCAGCUUGAUUUGGUGGCGGUUUGUGUUUUGGGCGGGUGUGCGGUGGGUGGCUUCUUUGCCCAUGCGCCAGCGUGGGCGGCCAGGCGCAUCUGCUGUUGUUGUGCGGGUGACACGGUGGGCGCGCCUUCGUGGUUCAGGUGGGUCGAUUUCUUUUGUGGAGGCUGUUUUCAGGAUUGUCUGGCUUAUUUCUCCAAGCUUUGCGAGCGCUCUCUGCGCUGUUGGAGCCUUUCAAAAAUUUCAGGAAUGCGAAAUCACUUAUCGACUUUUUUUAGUGGUAUUUGUCACCUUGCUCCACAGUCAACAGUAA